ACUUAGCCGGUAGCCAUUCAGACUUGCCAUCCGCCAUGAAACGCGACAGUUCAGGAAACAACCAGGAUGGUCCUCCAAACAAAUUCCAGCGUUCGUCCGUUGAUCUGACGAAUGUUUCGAUUAGAUUUCUCAUUCCCGGACGAGCUGCAGGGAUUAUGAUUGGGAAGGGUGGGGAAAAUAUCAAGAAAAUCCGGUCACAGUAUAACGUCAAGCUGAAUAUUCCCGACAGCAGAGGCCCAGAACGGAUAAUGACCAUCGAAGGUGAUCUGCAGGCUAUCUGCAGUAUCAUGCGAGACGUCUGUCCGAAACUGAAGCUUUCCGACCCGAAGCGCAUUAUGGGUACUCAAGCACUUCGCCGACGUGGAAGGCGCAGCGAGGAACCUGAGCGGGAUGAAGAUGAAGACGAAAAUAUGAUUGACUUCAGAAUCCUAGUGCACGAGAGUCAAGCGGGUUCUGUGAUCGGACGUGGAGGAGAACGCAUCAAGGACCUCCGUGAUAAAUUCAAAAUGCGCGUUAUCAAGGUCUACCAGAUGUUGGCUCCCUUAUCAACUGAUCGGGUAGUACAAAUGGUUGCUGAGCCAGAUAAUGUCGUUCAAUGCCUGAAGGCUGUGAUAGAGGCAGUUGAGUCUGCCCCUCCUCGUGGUCGCCGGGAGGAUUACGAUGCUGCCAAUUUCAGUGAAAGUGAUGCUCUCAACUACGGUGGCUGGCUGUCCCGAGAAGCUGCUGCAGCGCUAGCUCAAGGGAUGCCACUUCGCGGUCCUGGGGGAAUGCCUCCGAUGGGCGGCUACAAUAUGGGAGGCCCAUACAUGAUGGGCGGUGGUGACAUGGGUCCCAUGGGUGGUGGAAUGGGCCCUAUGGGGGGAGGAAUGGGACCAGGUGGUGGCAUGGGUCCAAUGGGUGGUGGACCAGCUCAUGGCGGUCGGGGUCGAGGCCCUCGUUCAGGUGGCGGAAUGAUGGGCGGUAAUGCACCUCCUCCACAAAGCCAGCGAGGUAUGAUGGGUUCUUCAGGUCCAGCCCCAGUACCUCCUCCAGUCGGUCGUGGCGGCGCUAUGGGUCCACCAGGUGGAUACGGUGGUGCUGCAGACGGGGGCUAUGGUGGUCCAGGUGGGUACGACGGACCCGGCGGAUUUGAUAAUGGAGGUUAUGGUGGUAUCGAUCAGGGAGCUCCAGGUGGAUUCGGUGGUCCAGGUUAUGGUUCAUCAGGAAACAUGUCCUCUAGUGGCUAUGGUGGGGCGGGCUACGGUGGAGGUGCACGCGGAGCUAGCGACAUACCGGGUGGUCAGAGGUAAGUGAAGUUAUAAUCAUUAUUGAUUUUAUCUUGAUAACAACAUGCCGACCAACGUCUAAGGUCCCCAAGUGUGCUGAUUGUCGGUUUCGUGGGAACUAACGGAAACUCUAAAGUCACUUGGCUUCGCACAGACACUUGGACUGACUUUGCGAAGACUGGAAACAUUCGGGCCCUAAGGUCUUCAGCGCACACCUCUGAAUUGUCCCAAUCAAUCCUUACGGAUUAGGAUGGUUUCACUGCGACGCGGCGAGAACGUGAAUUUCAUAUGUUUCUCAUCAUGACUCGGACUCAAUAACACUUGUGUGUUGGAGAAUUGCGGACAGCAGUCCAAUUCCAUGGUAUAAUACUGGUGGCAGAUCAGGCGUACACCAGUGUGAACUCAAGUGUGAGGGGGAAACGCUUCAUUUAAAAAAUGACUUCGUACGUCCAGUACAUCGCGGUCCGAUAGACCUCUGUCAUUUAUGUUUCGACUUGUGUGGUUUGUAUCGGUACUGACGGUAUCUUUGUUUCUCUUACAGUGCUCCUUCUCGUGGUGGUACCUAUGGAGGGUAUGGCGGUAUGGGCUCUGGAGAGCAUGUUGGGGGCAAAGGCAAUCAGUGGUAUGGUGGAUGGUCCUGAACACUUAUCUGCAUUUAAUUUCAGUAAAAUUGUACUUGUUAAUAUAUGACAUCAACACUAACUCAUCUUAGUUCUUGCUGGCUAAAGGUUUAGGCUCAUCUACACGAAUAGGACCCACUAUCAAGUGGUAUAUUUGAUCUAUCAACUAUGCGCUAGACACUGAUUAGUUUAUCGAUCAGCAAAAUCGAUACCGAUUUGAAAAUACAGUGUUACAGAAAUGUCGACGAAGAUAAGUGAAUGGCUAGCAUACGAACAGCACUACUUAUCAGAUGCCAAGUUCCAAGGAAGGAGUGCUCACAAACAUGUUUUCAGGCUUACAGGUACGCUUUUCUGUUCCUGCUUGCAUUUACACAUUAGGGGCUGCGCUUAUUUUUCUACAGACGGUUGAACUAAUGAAGCGGGUGGUGACAGUCCACUUUGCAAGAAGACCUACUUGCUGCUUCGUAAGUUCUUUGUGUUAUUAAACGUCCUGUAUAAUGUGCUGACUGAGGUGUGCACAUGUUUCAUGUUCGCAAACCGCUUGUCAUAUGAUAAACUGUACGGGUGAAAGGUUCGACUGCUUGGUAUACCUUUAUGACUAGUACUAUUCCCACUGAUUCACACCCACUAGUCCAUCACCAUCUUUGCCGUCAGCCGUUUAUUGUCCGCGUCUAAUUGUAUUGUGGUCCCAGUUCGCGAUUUUCUCUAUGUGUCGAGUUAGGGUUCAGUUCAUCUCGCCUGCAUGGGUAGGUGGUUUGCAAAGUUGGGACUAAGGUGAAACGGAUUGGGAACUGCUCGUAAGAUCUCUGCUCCUUCGAAUGUGGGUCAUAAGGGUGACUGCGUUAGAGACAGAUGCAGACGUUGGACUGACCAUAUUAGGUGUAAGUUUCGAUGACACAUUGAGUGUAAGUAUGUGCAUUGUUGCUACCACCUCAAUUCAGAGUCGUAAAGUGACUGGGAAACAUGCGUUUGUCGACAAAGGGCUUCAACAAAUGUACGUGUUCGGACAUAUGCCAGCAGGUGCGGUGGUACUUUGAGAUGUACCUGAAUUGUUCAGUAACCUUAUUAGUAUGUCCAACUUAUUGGAAAAAGCGGUUGUAGGGAUGUUUAGUAUCUUUGGUCAACGUGAACAGAUGCCGAGAUGAGGGCAGUUCGGUUGGUGUAUGACUUGCAUUUGGCAGCGGUAGACUGGAGUAUUGUAGUUUCCACAAACAGGAAGUCCUGGUGUAUGCAUGUGUGAAUGAAAUACAGUGGUCAUACUUCACCAGAAAACCGUUCAAUGUCUGGCAUGUUAAGAAUUGCUUAGUAGACACGACUGUCAGAUGUUAGCAUGCAAUACUUGCGAUAACAGUCUGGUUUUCCACGAGGUUUCAAUUCGGUUUCUGGAGACGGUCACAUCUACCCGUGAAGGUAGGGAAAGCGAGAAGGAAUCUAAGAUCAAGACUGAUGUAAUGUUUCAAGUGGUGUGAAUGGAGAAGUCUCAUCAUGAAUGACAGUAUGAAAUCUGUCUGGAAUCAGUAGCACUUGCCAUACUUAACUUUCGCAGCUUGGUGUGGUGAAUUGCAUCUUCAAUGAUGGUUUGAAGGGACUACCAACAUAGUAUUCAUCACUGUGUUUACUAUCACCAGUGCUGAAAUCAUAUUCGUCUACCAGAUGAAAAGGUAUAGGUUGACUGCGUAGUGUUGUUUUUCAUUAGCAUCAUAAAUGCAAUAAUAUUAGGGCGUUUUGAGGUCAUUAUCAGAUGAAGGUAGGAAAACAACACGGUUCAGUGCGUUCUUGGGUUGAGUGUAAGUUGAUAAGCGGGAUAACUGCAAAAGCAGCUGGUCACAGUCUGUUGUGGCUUCGAUUUAUAUGCUGUUGGACGUCACGUUCAGUCCUUUAAUCGUAAGACUCCGUUUAUUUGAGGUUCACUCAUGAAACAACAGUCUCACCCGCCUUACUUCAUUGUAUGGGUCGACUGGUCCUACAGUUGCAAACACUUCAUACCAGUAAAGUGGUGAUUAUGCCGCCGGUAAUUCCUUUCUACUGGGUAUGUCCAUGUUCCAAUUAGACUUGGAUACACGUUAGGCUCUUGUAUUUUGACAAAACUUUAUUUCACCUCUAAUCAGUCUGACAUAAACUGCGGCUUGUCUGUAGUUAGAGCGUCACGUUACGUCAUAUGCGCUGUUCGAAUCAGGACGUAAAGCCCAAGGUUCCUGGUGAGGACUGUUACGUUCUGCAUGCAUCAAACAUAGUGUUUUAUAUCCCACCUCCAACACUGUAGUGGUUAUGCUACGGCAUGGAGAUUGUCUCUGGACACCAUCCUCUUCCGUAAACUAGGUCGCACGCGUAGACCAGAAAUUCUCAGACUGAAACCUUGCGGAUUUACCAUGUUGACAGCAAAACCUGGUUGGCGACAUCUCCAGUGGUGACUUAAUAUGGGUGGCUGAGCUUUGGGUGCGUAGUUGCGAGUCUAAUUAGUUUAGCUACCAGUACUCCCGGGACUGCCAACAACCUGGAAUAUAUAUUUUGAGUAUUUGUAACAGCCAGAGAGGACUAGUUUUUCCAGAUUUCUUCUGAUCGUCGGAGAGCAGCGGCGUGGCUACGGACAGUGUAUGUCAGGUGAUCAGGCGUCAUCUAAUCAAAUUGUAGUCUGUGACGACGUGACUAGGAGCGGGUUAGUAUGAUGUAGGUUCUAGCAGACGUUAUUCGGCCUCUUACCGAAGAGAGAUCUGAAAGUGGAGACAAUUGUAGUUGAUCUUCCUCUCCGUCUUACCACAAGUAACUGAACGUCUUCGCUGAGCAUUGUUCAAUAUCUGUAUAAUCCAUGUUUGUUGUGUACAGAUAGACCUUUGUAACGACUUUUAUUAGUCCUAAUGUACAUGACUCCUACAUUGUAACCGUUUACUUCUAUGCAUGUCUCGCUGUUGUGUUGCUUAUGUCGAUUUCUUGUAAUAAAUUGACAUUAUUGUUAAUAAUACACUCACAAGUUUUC